AUCGUGAGCUGUUCUUCGUGUUAAUAAUAUAAUUUAUUAUACAUUAUGGUGGACAGUAGCUACACUGCUGCUAUCUUUAAUAAAUCUUAUUGUAAUGAUUGUAUAUUUGCAUCCAAUAUUCUAAUAUCUAUUGAUGUUUCUUAUCGUCCUGUGUGCUACACAAUAGUUAUGGUUAAUUUAACUCCAAUUACGUGUAACUUAACUUAACCUAUUGUCCGUAUACUUCAUAGAUUUUAUACUUAAAUACAAUAUUUCGUAAUAUUUAUUGUAUGUUUAAUUCAUGAAUUAAAUUAUUUGCCUUGUUAAAAUAUUUAAAAUUAAAUCUUUAUGAAGUUAUAAGAAGUCUAGAUAAAUUACAAACAUCAAGAUGCCAGAAACGGAGGUUCAAGACGGGAGUCAAACCCAACGGCUGACUAAUGCAGAUUUUAGGCGGUUACUUAUGACCCCUAGGUCAAGUCAUCCAUCUGCCACUCCAUCACUCUCCAAUGCAAGUGAAACCUCAUCUUCCAAAACACCGUCUACAUCAAAAUUUGAAACUGGUGGUUCAAAUGACAAAGCAGAGCUUAGACGUAAAAAAAAAAUAUUCUAUGCUAAACUCAAAAAACAAGAAGAAAAUAAAAUGGCUGAGCUUGCCGAGAAGUAUCGAGAUAGAGCCAAAGAACGUCGGGUUGGUGCUAAUCCAGAUUAUCAGUCUCAGGAUCCCGUUGCUGUUGCCAGUGGUUAUAGAGCUGUAGCACCAGAUAUGAAAUCUGGUUUGGAUGCUGCCGAACGUAGACGUCAGAUGAUUCAGGAAUCUAAGUUUUUGGGUGGAGAUAUGGAACACACUCACUUGGUCAAAGGUUUAGAUUAUGCUUUGUUACAAAAAGUCAAAAGUGAAAUUACUGCAAAAGAAACUGAACAGGAAACUGAAAUGGAACAGCUUGCAACUACUAAACCAAUAAAAGAAAAAGCAAAGGAAGAAGAUGAUAUGCAGUUUAAAACGAGACUUGGAAGAAAUGUCUAUAGAGUUGCAUUGUCUGAAAAUGAAAUGUUUCGUAAUCCAUCAUUUGCUCCUGGGCGUAUGGCUUACAUAAUUGACUUAACUGAAGAUAUCACAGAUACUGAUAUUCCGACAACACUAAUUCGCAGUAAAUCUGAUGUACCAAGCAUGGAUGACAGACCCACAUUGACUACAAAUGAUAUUGUUAUUAAUAAAUUAGCACAGAUCCUUUCUUAUUUACGAACUGGACCAAAACAUUUAAAGAAAUCAAAAAAGCGUGAUAAACAAGUUUUUGAUGAUAACAUAUACCCUGAAUUACCAGAUUAUGAACCGUCUACUCAAAAACGUUCUGAAGAAAUCACUAAAAAACAAUCAAAUUACUUUAAACAUUCAAAAGAUGAAGAAAAAGAAGUAGAAACUGAACAUCAUAAAAGAGAUGAAAUGGGAUGGGAGGCAUUGAGUAAAACAAAAUUUCAACGCAAAAACCAAAUGGGCUUAUUAUCUCGAUUAGCAGCUGAACCCACUGGCUAUGCUGAGUGUUAUCCAGGAUUGGAUGAAAUGCAUGAUGCGAUUGAAGAUUCAGAUGAUGAGGCUGAUUAUACAAAAAUGGAUCUGGGUAACAAGAAAGGACCAGUUGGUCGUUGGGAUUUUGAUACACCUGAGGAAUAUGGUACUUAUAUGAGUAACAAAGAAGCACUACCGAAAGCAGCUUUCCAGUAUGGUGUUAAAAUGACAGACGGACGACGUACACGUAAACAUAAUAAAGAAAAGAAUGAAAAAGCUGAACUUGAUCGCGAAUGGAACAAGAUUCAAAAUAUAAUUCAAAAACGUAAAAUUCCAGCUGGUAAAGAUGAAGGAUCAUCAUCAUUUAAAGUACCUAAGUAUUAGUUUAAUCAUCAUAAUAAUAUGGGAUAUUGAACAGUCAGUUUAUUGUAAUAAAAAAUAAAUAAAUAAAUAAUAAACACAA